AUGUCAGUUGGAGUUCCCCUUCCGAAAUCACAAAAGGAUAAAUGUGGUUUGAAAAAGGCAGCGAUCGACAGAAUAUACAAGAACAAAAUACGAAGAGAAAAAAAUAAUCACAAACACAAGACAUCGAAGAGGAAUAACGACGAAAAACACGAAUUCAUUGAUGCUGAUUCGCCCUUCCACCCAGCAUUCCAGAGUUGUCGACCUGUAGACGAGUUCCAAUAUCUCUACAGAAUUGAUGAAGGUGCAUUUGGAACUAUCCAUGCAGCCAAGGACAGACGGACGGGGGAAAUCGUAGCCCUCAAACAACUUAAAAAAAUCAACAAAACGGAAGGAUUCUCCAUCGCCGCUCGGAGAGAGCUUGGAAUACUGCUGAAGAUGCAGCAUCCCAACAUCGUCGCAGGCCGAGGAAUAGCGUCAAGUUCCAGAAACGAGCAUGUGUUUAUAGUGAUGGAGCUCGUUGAUUACGACUUAAAAACUUUUAUGCAGACAAUCAAAGGUAACAAGCAAAUGUUUUCAGUCGAACACGUGAAAUGCCUAAUGACGCAACUGCUAAGCGCUGUACAACAUCUACACAACCAUCACGUCAUACAUCGCGAUCUCAAAAGCAACAAUAUAUUAUUAUCAAACGAAGGUGUAUUAAAAUUGGCAGAUUUUGGGAUGGCCCGAGAAUAUGAAUUCCCUCCUCGGGAAUAUACGCCCGACGUAGUUACGCGCUGGUACCGUGCGCCUGAAUUACUGCUGCUUUCGAAAGAAUACUCCGCGCCUGUCGACAUGUGGAGUGUUGGAUGUAUAUUCGCUGAAUUAAUAACCUUGCGGCCACUGUUUCCCGGCAGAUGUGAGUUGGAUCAGAUAACCAAAAUAUUUAUGGAUAUGGGGACGCCUUCAGACACGAUUUGGCCCGGUUACAGCGCAUUACCAAUGGUAAGAAACAUCGUGUUCGACGACUAUCCACCGGGCGGGUUGCGUAAAAAGAUAAGUCGCAAUCUGUUGUCUGAAGAAGGGCUAUCUUUACUGCAAGGUUUUUUAACCUAUGAUCCUGCAAAAAGAACAACAGCAGCCGCUGCUUUAGAGCACCCAUACUUCAAGGAGCAGCCGGUAGCGAUGGAGCCGGCCAUUUUCCUAAAGUCACCCGCUCGCUGA